AUGGCUGCUGCGCUGUACCAACGGCAAUCGGUAUUCCAACCGUCACCUCUAGAUGAAGAAGACGCAUUGAUCCUUUCCAACGACGACAAACGUUCGUCGUACGCAACAAUCGAAGUGCCGAGUACCGUCAAGAGCAUCUACUCGUCGUUCGUGACGGCCUUGAAGCUCGCGGUCCUCAUCACCAUGCUUCUCGUCGGAUACACCAUUCGAUCUAUGUUCCUUGGCGCGACCAAACGACGAGGCUACGGCCCGUUCAUGUUGUGCCUGUUUGCAUUUCCACUCGUGAUGGUGCAGCCCGUGCUGCAAGUCCUCCAGAGUUUACAUUACUACAACUCGUACGCGCCGAUGACCAAGCUCAUCAACGUGAUCUCGUGGAUGGGGCUCAUUCAAAUGUCGACGGCGUCGAUGUGGAAUGCCAGCUUGGAUCAGUCCGUGCUGGCGUGGUGGAAGCAGCGUCAGCUGAUGUCGUCGCCAUUGCCGUCGCCGCGGUAUAUGCCCAACAAGCCCGUGACAGUCGUCGAAGAAGAGGAAUGUGGUACCUGA